AUGAAAGACAGACUCCGUCCUCCCCCUUCAUUUGCGCCUCACGACCCGCUAUUCACCUCUGACAACAUCAGCGAGGAGGACCAUUUUGUGAACUCCGCACCUUCGUCUCCUUUCCAACCUGAUUCAAGCACCUCCCAGCUAGUGCCAGACCGUUGUCCAUCACAAGAAUCAUUUGCAUACCAUUCCCAGGUCAAUUUGAUGAGCAACUACGAAAAAAAUAUCGACGGGUCACCACAAUGCAAACAGGAAAGCGGCCCAUAUCCAUCUCAAGCCAGCAUUGCGCAAACAGGGACUCAGAAACCAUCUGUCCACUAUCACGAGGAUGUAAUUUCACCACCCGCUUCUGGAAGUAACUUCGCAUUACCCAAAUCAGACUCACGCCAGUCUUCGGACGAUGAAGAUGAAGAAGACGAGUUCGAUUGGAGCGGUGACGAGGAUCUCAAUAAUGAGGAAGCCAAGUUCGAGAAGAAGAUGGGUAUAAAUAUUAAGUCUCGCGGCUGGGGCAUUAUCAGGCUGGUUACUCUUCUCUUCUCCUCACUCAUCGGGUCCACCUUCCUUGCGGCAGUCCUAAUAACUCCCGCACUCAUUGUCCAUUUCUUCUGGUACAAACCACACCCAACGGACUACAGGCAUUUUGUCGACAUCAAUAUCGAGGCUUGGCUCUUCUGGGCAGCAGCCAAUGUAGUCAUUUCUUGGGGUCUCGCAAUGAUCAUCGAUAUUAUACCUGCCAUCAUACGUCUGGUGAUUGCAGUCACGUGGGGCCAUGUAUCAGAGACCAUUAGAACGAAGCUCGAGUUGUAUGCCUCGACUAAGGACACUAUCAAACCUCUCUUCUAUGCCGCGGGCGCCUGGCUUAGCUGGAGCAUUCUGUUCCAAAAUAUCUUUCAGUUGAAGGACCCGUCUAAUGUCCAGAAUUAUGCUCCCUACACGGACCGUGUUGCUCAAGUAAUCGAAUUCCUGUUCUUUUUUACCCUGGUGGUAUGCAUUCAAAGGAUGCUUUCCCAUGCUAUUGCGUUUGCAUUCCACAGGACUGCGUAUAAGGAACGUCUAGACGAAGUUAAGAAAGCUCUUCGGGUGAUAGAAACUCUUCGCAACUACAAGCCCACGUUAUCGGCCCGUCACAAGUCCAACAACUCCUAUUCAAUGCUUGCGACCUUCACUGGGCUAAAUCCGUUUAGCGACAAAGAACAUUCCAAUAUUCUCGAUGGUAGAGUGCGCUCAGAAAUCUCUGCACUAAGUGAAGGUGAUGAAACGGAUACGGAGGAUGGAGCAAAGCUGAAGAAGAACAAAAGAAAGGGAAAACAUAGGCAACGCAAACCGACCAUCAUUAAAGCCUCGUCGGAGGAUCUUGAGUCUUCGGCCACUACACCAGAACAAUUUUCUUCCGUCGCCACAACAUCAGCUAAUCACUCCCCAGUCGACAAGCAUACAACUCACAGAUAUCCUCCUAACCCUUCCGGCCCACGUUUUGUUGACUCACACACUGAAGAUCCCACCAUUGUCGUCCAAGCAGCGAAGGCACUUAAGACUGCUGUACUACACGAUGCCCGGAAUAUCAAGGGCGACACUGAUGAGCUUGAAGCGUUAGUCUUCAGUGUGAGCUCAACACACGAAGCAAAGCGUCUUGCCAGAGCGAUAUACAGGACUUUCAGAAAUCGCCGGUAUACCUACCUCACAGCCGAAGACUUCUACCCCGCAUUCGCCACGCAGGAUGAAGCUAAAGAUGCUUUCCGGGUUUUCGACACCGACGACAAUGGCGAUAUAUCGCGGUCUGAGAUCAAGUCAUCGCUGCUUCGUGUGUACAAGGAACGUCGGUUCCUGUGGCGCAGUAUGCAUGAUGUUGGGGCUGCGCUCAAGACACUGGAUCAAAUUUUGCUACUCUUCGCCUUCGUCGUAUUGUUUUUCAUUUCAUUGAGCACUUUUGGUGUCAAUGUAACGCAGUCGUUGACGAGUGUAUAUUCCCUCGUUCUCGCAGCCAGUUUCAUCUUCAAGAACUCUGCGAGCAAUGUCUUUGAUGCAAUUAUGUUUUUGUUUGUGACCCAUCCCUUCGAUACUGGUGAUCGAUGCUUCAUUGAUAAUGAGAAUCUAGUUGUUAAGAAGAUGGACUUGUUUGCGACGGUUUUUGCUCGAUCGGAUGGUACUGAAACAUAUUACUUCAAUAGUCAGCUAUUCACGAAGUUCAUUACCAACGUUCGCCGUAGUGAUAAAAUGGCGGAGUCUUGUACUAUCCAAGUUGCUUGGCGUACGCCACAAGCAAAGCUAGAUGCGCUCGAGGAAAAAUUGAAUACGUGGCUUUCCACUGAGGAGAACAGGUGGUUCCAGCCGACCACGUCAGUUGUAUUGCAAAACAUCAGUUACCAACGUUAUUUGGAGUGUACCAUUGGUAUCUCGCACAACUCAACAUGGCAAGACUGGAGCCUCCGGAAUACGCGCAGGACCGCAUUCCACGCAGCAGUUCAAUAUUACUGCCGGGAGUUAGGGAUCACAGCAUAUGAGGCACCUAUGCCCAUCGCAUAUGCAGACACUAACACGCAACAAUAUGAUGUCCCUCGAGAAGCAGUACCUGAUAUCCUUUCAGAUAUUCAAUCCCCUAGUGGUCAUCGUGCAAGUCGAAAGAGCUUCCUUGGUUUCACACCUCCAUGGGAUCAGGGUACUCAUUUGACACGUGCACACACUCGUGUGCGCAAAGGCAAGAGUCGCAAAGCAGCUGUGCGAGGUGUGGGUGCAGACAGUGGUGGAAAUGGUUGAGCUAUAUCCUUCUUUUUAAGUCUCGACCGAGGAUCUUGUUUGGACACUUAAGCAGGCGUACAGUCGAGGACAAACAAAGUUCAUAAGUUUGGUACAGUCAAUCUGUGGCCGUUGGCCUGAUUGUAAGGAUGGAAGCUUUUUUUCGACACUCUCAGUCUUGUUCCGGUGCUCAUGCUCCAAAGUUCAAGGUACCAAGCGUCAUUAUCAUAGGUCGUACUACCAGUGAUGCUCAAGUUGCUUUGUUUGAUCUGCGCUCGAUGAUAACCUUGAUAAGUACAACCCCAGGAUAUCAUGGGAUAUCUUCGCCUUUGAAGUUCACUGAUCGUAUUCUACUUCUCACAUGAUCCAGGCUAUUGGUCAUUUCUCGAUUGGAAUUGUAUUUCCAGCUAUCUUUCAGGUUCGUGAAGAGCAAGGCGGAUGUCGGUCACAUCUCGCUCCAUCUUUGACUGUGGUUUCGCAGUUGCAUCCUCCGCUGUGAUGGCAUACGAU